AUGAGUGAAAACAAAUGGGAUUUAAAGUCAGGAAGAUCUAUGGAAGAUGUCGUAUACAAUACUUCCAAGUCAUCUAUGUAUGAGCAUCCUUCUUGCUCAUACAUCAUUGAUCUUUAUGAUGGUAUCUGGCGAAAGCGCAUGGUGACAGAAGAUUUGGAUAAAAUAUCUUCAAGUUUAGAUAAUUUACUCAAUAAGCCACUCCACAAUUUGAAAGAGAUAUUGUAUAAGUUGGACAAGGAAAGUGUUUCCAGAGAGAUUUAUGACAAGUUCAAUAAAAUUCCUGCACUUCCUGCAAAUAGUCCAGAGGACUUUUGGCUAAAGCAAGCUGUUCUGGAUUAUUUCUUCUUUUUUGCAGAACAAGAUCCAUUAGAAGAUGCUUAUGGGCUUAUUAACAAAUCCAAAAGAUCGAGUGGAACCACUGUGACAACGUAUGAUCAAUGUAGAAGCAAGCAAAGCUAUACUUCGCCUGAACAUAAAAGCAAGCUGGGAAUUAUUAGCAAUAUACGACAGGAAGAAAGAGAAGAUUCUAGAGAUCAGCCCGACUUAUGCUUUCACUAUGUAUUCCAUGAGCUUGCCUGUCUUGAAAUUGACGCCGCCGAAGGUGGUUCUCGCGGCAUCAAGGAAAUGAACGAAAUGGGAAUCAAGGCUCCCCUAAUGAUGACGAACUUUGCUCUCCUGUUAACAUAUAGCAUCUAUUACCCCAGCAAUACUAGAUCAAUAUCAGUAUCAUCAAAAUUGUUGGAUUUCUCAUCAGUAGUAAAGAAUUCAAGCAUCUCUGCACUGCUGAUGACAUUUGAUAGAGGCUCAAACUCUGUGAUAAUACGCUCAAGACGGCUACGAUUGCCAGAAACCGCGAACGACAUUCCUUGUCUGUUGUCACGUGCCCUGCAGUUGAUGUACAAUUCAGCUCAAGUCAUAAAUGGAACCAUUGAAACAAUCAAAAAAGCAUCUGCAUCUGUUUUUUUAGAUGCUGAAUUAGAAUGCUUCCCUCCUUGUUUCCUUAUUGAUUCCAACAAUAGAAAAAGAAAAGCUGAAGAUGAGUGA